CUUGUGGCAAACAGAAAAUGGAAGUUCUCAGACAUAGGAGCAGCACUCUACCUUGCCAGUGUAACCCAGGAACUGUGGAUGGAGCAACUGAAACGAAAGCCAGUGCCGGCUGACCUCUGCUUUGAAGAACGAGAAGAGCUGGACAAUAUUAGGAGAAGGAAAAAGGAACUAAUGGCUGACAUUGAGAGGUUGAAAGAUGAGAUAGCUGAAGUCAUGAGUGAGAUCGAGACCUUGACUUGCACCGAGGAAAGUAAAUCAAGUCAGCGGAAUAAACAAAUGGCAAUGGGAAGAAAGAAAUUUAACAUGGACCCUAAAAAGGGUAUACAGUUUCUAAUAGAAAAUGACCUGCUUCAAAACACACCUGAAGACAUAGCCCAGUUCCUUUACAAAGGGGAAGGGCUGAAUAAAACAGUCAUUGGCGAUUACCUUGGUGAAAGAGAUGAAUUUAACCUUAAGGUUCUUCAAGCGUUUGUGGAGCUUCAUGAAUUUGCUGAUCUUAAUCUUGUGCAAGCUCUCAGGCAGUUCCUGUGGAGCUUCAGGCUACCCGGUGAAGCACAGAAAAUAGAUCGGAUGAUGGAAGCUUUUGCUUUGCGUUACUGCCAGUGUAACCCAGGAGUCUUCCAAUCAACAGACACGUGCUAUGUACUCUCAUUUGCUAUAAUUAUGCUGAACACGAGUCUGCACAACCCCAACGUGAAAGACAAGCCUCCUGUGGAGAGGUUUAUAUCCAUGAAUCGAGGCAUUAAUGAUGGUGGGGAUCUCCCUGAGGAGCUGCUCAGGAACUUGUAUGAAAGCAUUAAGAACGAGCCCUUUAAGAUCCCAGAAGACGAUGGCAAUGACCUAACUCACACGUUUUUCAAUCCUGACCGAGAAGGCUGGCUAUUAAAAUUAGGAGGAGGACGAGUAAAAACGUGGAAACGGCGGUGGUUCAUUCUGACAGAUAAUUGCCUCUAUUACUUUGAAUACACGACUGACAAAGAACCAAGAGGAAUAAUUCCUUUAGAAAAUCUCAGCAUACGAGAAGUUGAAGACCCAAGGAAACCUAACUGUUUUGAGCUUUUCAAUCCCAGUCACAAAGGCCAAGUGAUCAAAGCCUGCAAAACGGAAGCUGAUGGUCGGGUGGUGGAAGGCAAUCAUGUGGUUUACAGAAUAUCUGCCCCUACCCCAGAGGAGAAAGAAGAAUGGAUUAAAUCCAUCAAAGCUAGUAUCAGCAAGGACCCUUUCUACGAUAUGUUGGCGACGAGAAAAAGGAGAAUUGCCAAUAAAAAGUAACUGCGUUAGACCUGCACCUCAGCUUCAUAAUACAUAAUAAUUGCUGAAAACUUUUCAAAUGAAGGAGAAAAAUAAUUCUGGUGUUCUUCUGUAUAUAAGAGUUUAGGCAAAGAAACAUUUUGGCAGUUUUACAGGUUUUAGUCCCCCUCUCUCUCAAAACAAGUAGUGCUCAGUGUAUGAAAUUGUGUUAACACUUAAGUUUUAAAUUUUUGCACAGAAACCAUUUUCUAUUGAGGGCAAAUGUCUGUGCAACACCUUCGAACUCAGCGGGUCUGACAUCGGAGUGUGUAAGGUUGGAAGACUUUCUAUUAGGAUAUUUUAAUGCUGCCUAAGCAACAUUUAUUCUAUUCAAAACUCUAAUAACCCAAUAUUAGUCUAAGGCACAAGUAAUUUUCAUUAUUUAACAGUAUAGAAAGAACAAAGCACUAAUAAUGUCACAACUAGAGAGGCCCUAAAUUGUACAUUUAGUGAUGUCUGUGGUUGAAGGAUGAGACCAUCUUAGUCUCACUCAGACCUAUAACAUAUUCUGUACUUUAACAUUGUAAUUGUAUAUUUAUUUUCUUAGUCAAAUGCAAACUGUUUAUUGUAAUUGUUAAAAGAUCUUAAGUUAUGUGUAAAUAAUGUACAGAUUUACGUUAUUGAUACUUUUGUUAUGAUACAUGUUAGACUAUUGUCAGUGGCCUGCAAAAAAUAAAACUUAUUACAU